GUUAAAAACUUUGUAAACAUUGUUGCUAGACCCACUAGUUUGUAAAGUGGAGCAAGCACAGCCAGACAGAUAUUGACCCACUAGUUUGGCUAUUGCAAAUCAAGCCAGCUCAAUCUCUGAGACUCACAAAAAGCCCUAGCUCUGUUACGUUUUCUCAACCAUUAAGCACUUUACCUUUCCUGAUACCUCCUCCACUUAAAGUUCGGUUCUGUUUUCUCUUAAAGGAGGCCCCUUUCAGUUCUUUCAAAUACAUGGUUUAUGACUCUGAUGAGUUUUUCUUGUAUCUUCAUUUGGGUUCAUGUGCUUCAAUGGAUUGAGCAAUUGGGAUGAUGUCAAUGAAGAUGGAACUGGUUCUUGCAGCUUUAAUAUUGGCUUACUUGCAGUCUUUUGUAUUGUCCAACUUGCAAGGAGAUGCCCUAUCUGCAUUGAAGCUUUCGAUGAAUGUUCCAGACAAUCAAUUGAAAGAUUGGAACCCAAAUCAAGUUACUCCAUGUACUUGGACGAAUGUUAUCUGUGACAGUAAUGAACAUGUCAUUUCUGUAACGCUGUCUGGCAUCAACUGUUCUGGGACCUUGUCUCCUAAGAUAGGAGUUCUAAAGACUCUUAAUACACUAACAUUGAAAGGGAAUGGCAUAACUGGUGGGAUACCAAAAGAGUUUGGAAAUUUGACAAGUUUAACCAGCUUGGAUUUGGAAAAUAAUCGUUUAAGCGGUGAAAUACCGUCUUCCUUGGGCAAUCUUAAAAGGCUACAAUUUCUGACAUUGGGUCAAAAUAAUCUCAGUGGAGCUAUCCCUGAAUCACUUGCUGGUCUUCAAAACUUGAUCAACAUUCUGCUCAAUUCAAAUAAUCUCAGUGGUCAAAUUCCAGAUCAUUUAUUCCAAGUUCCUAAAUACAAUUUCACAGGAAACCACUUAAAUUGUGGCGGACCAAAUUUGCAUAGCUGCGAGUCUCAUAAUAGCGAUUCAGGUGGUUCGCAUAAGUCAAAGACUGGAGUUAUAGUUGGAGUUGUGGGAGGAUUCACAGUUCUUUUUCUUUUUGGAGGCUUGCUAUUUUUUGUUUGCAAGGGUAGACACAAAGGCUACAAACGUGAAGUAUUUGUAGAUGUUGCAGGUGAAGUGGAUCAAAGAAUAGCAUUCGGUCAGUUAAAAAGGUUUUCAUGGAGGGAACUACAGCUUGCAACGGACCACUUCAGUGAAAAAAAUAUCCUUGGACAGGGAGGUUUUGGAAAGGUUUAUAAGGGAGUGCUUGCUGAUAAUACCAAAAUUGCGGUUAAGCGUUUAACUGAUUUUGAAAGUCCUGGGGGUGAUGCAGCAUUCCAACGUGAAGUUGAGAUGAUAAGUGUAGCUGUUCACAGGAACCUAUUACGUCUGAUAGGGUUUUGCACAACAACUACAGAACGCCUCUUGGUGUAUCCAUUCAUGCAGAAUUUAAGUGUGGCCUACUGUCUAAGAGAACGUAAACCCGAGGAGCCUGUUUUAGAUUGGACAACCAGAAAAAGAGUGGCCUUAGGUGCAGCACGUGGGCUGGAAUACCUUCAUGAGCACUGCAAUCCUAAAAUUAUUCAUCGUGAUGUGAAAGCAGCUAAUGUACUACUGGACGAAGAUUUUGAAGCAGUUGUUGGGGAUUUUGGCCUUGCGAAGCUGGUGGAUGUGAGAAAGACCAAUGUGACAACUCAAGUUCGCGGGACAAUGGGCCACAUAGCACCAGAAUACUUGUCCACUGGCAAGUCAUCUGAAAGGACCGAUGUCUUUGGGUAUGGUAUUAUGCUUCUAGAGCUUGUUACAGGUCAACGGGCAAUUGACUUUUCACGUCUGGAAGAAGAGGAUGAUGUCUUAUUGCUUGACCAUGUCAAGAAGCUGGAGAGGGAGAAAAGACUGGAUGCUAUUGUCGAUCGCAACCUAAAUAAAAACUACAACAUCCAGGAGGUGGAGAUGAUGAUACAAGUCGCCUUGCUCUGUACCCAAGCAUCACCAGAGAACCGUCCAGCAAUGUCAGAGGUUGUGCGGAUGCUGGAAGGAGAGGGGCUAGCUGAGAGGUGGGAAGAAUGGCAGCACGUUGAAGUUACACGCAUGCAAGAAUACGAAAGAUUGCAGAGACGAUUUGACUGGGGAGAAGAUUCGGUUUAUAACCAAGAUGCUAUUGAGUUAUCUGGUGGAAGAUGAGAUAACAAAUUCCCCAAUGGAUUUAAAAAUAUGCACUUCCCUUUCACAUUAGCUUGAUGUUUUCCUCGAAUGAAAACAGAUAUAUGAAGUAAAAAAAAAAAAAUUGUGAUUUCAUAAUUUACAUUAUAGUUGCUUAUAUAAGCUCCUCGGUCGUCCUUUGUGUGUUCCCAUCUUGUCUAAGAUGAAACAUAUUUUGAUGUUAAUAUAGUGGGCGUCUGCGAGGUUUCUCCCA